AUGGGAGGAGGCCCGCAUGUUAAUGCUAGUGAUUCUGAAUUUGAAGAAAAAAUUAUGCUUCAAGAGAGAGACCAUCUCUGCCAUGCGUUUUCUGAAGAAAUAAGAAAGCUGGAAAGUAUCUUAAAGGAGCAUGCUAAGGUGUACGAGCUACGGGAAGUGUUGGAUGAUGAGAAGCGAAGGCUUCAUUCAUGGAGUGAAGAACUGACAAAGCGUGAAGCAUUAAUCAAAAGUGAGAGAUUAAAACUUCGUGCCGAGAGUGAAGAACUGACGAAGCGUAAAGCAUUAAUCGAAAGUGAGAGAUUAAAACUUCGUGCCGAGAGUGCAAUGGCUAAAGCCAAGAUGCAAACAAGACAUCUUUCUAUGAUUGCUCGGGAUUUGUUCAAGCCUGAACAGAGAGAAAAGGAGGCAGCCCUCCGGAAGGUUGUCGAACUUGAGAGGAGUUUCGAACGUGAGAAGCAAAGACUGGAACUGGAAAUUGAAUUACUUGAAGCAAAGUUAGAGAUGAUGAAAAAAAUGGGAGAUGCUGAUGAGAAUUGUGAUGAUAUUUGGCAAAAGAUAGAGAUGAUGUCUAAGCCGAGGCAGGAGGGGUUCAAAAAGCUGAUCGUGGGAUUGUAUAAUUUGCUGAUCAUUAGCAGCAAUCACAUAAUGGGGACAAAAAGAGUAGCUAAAAUAGAUACAAAAGACUUCAGAAAUGCAUGCAGCCUAAGGUUCCCACUCGAACAACCUGAGAUCAUGGCCGAUGAACUUUGCUCCUUGUGGCAAGAGAAGCUGAAAAAUCCAGAAUGGAACCCAUUCACGUUCGUUGAGUACAAAAGAUGGGAGCCUCAGUGGGUAGUGAACAAGGACGAUGAGUUGUUACGUGGCCUUGAGUAUAAAUGGGGACAUGAAGCCUAUGAUGCUGUUAUUACCGCCUUAAAAGUACUUCAAAGUUAUGACCCAAGUGGAUCUUAUGUUGUGCCCCAACUAUGGAGCUUUAUGAAGAACAAGGCGGCCACCUUAGAGGAAGUUGUUCGCUACAUAAUUGUCCAGUUAAGGACAUUCAAGCGCAUAGAUAAAAGUAUUGGGGCGCACGAUAACUUCUGCAUCUUGGCAUAUGCUAGGCCUUUCACUAAAAGUUUCUCCUUCCGAUAUCAAAUCCUUCACUCCUCGUUGAGGUAUCCAUCCCUAGUCAAUGAAGGGAUAGGAAUUACAAUCUGA